GAUAAUACACAUAUUCAUGGAUUUGAAAUUAGAGAUGAUGCUCCAAAUUCUAAAUUAAACAAAAUUAAAGAUGAUAAAAAUUUAAUACAAAAUAUUUUGCAAUAUAUGGAUUCCUUAAUUACUACUAUCAAUUCUGAUAUAAAU